AUGACAACGGCACACCUUUUCUCACCCCCUCUACCACCAAACUCUGUAACACUCGGCCGUCUCGUCGCCUCGAAAUGUCACCCCGACAAGAGCAACUUUCUCGACCCACUCCCCCACCACCCCAGCCUCUACGAAUGCUACCGCACCCACCACCCCACCUUUUCUGAAUCUAUAGUGUUAGACGGUCGCGAGGUGUCGGAAACGGAAACAACAUUGACAGCCACAGAUAUAACCACGGUGGACCUUCAAAACGCGGACGACUGGUUUACGCGUCUGUGUUGUGAGGAGACAGUGUGCAGAUGGAUUGAUAAGGUGUCUGAGGGUGGUUGCUCUGUGUAUCUUGUUGUGGGCAUGCGUACACGUUUCAGAGCGGCCACGGUAACGGAGGUGGGAGAGGGAUCUCAUUCUGUCGACCAGCCAUGGUCAACAGAACAGGGAGACUGGAUCUUUGCGGUGUUGUAUCGGAACGUGAAUAUUAACGUCAUACCGGACUUGCCGGUUUUGAAAGUCUCGUCGUUUGUUCAAGCAAAGACAGACGGUUCAGCAUUAUCGAUAGCGCCGGGAGAUCGAGAGAUGGUAAAGUUGUUGACGAGGGUCGAGGCCCUACGCAUAAGAAGCUUGUAUGAAAGGAUUGGUUUUGUAGCGCUUUGGAUCGCUGCUGGUGGCUUUCUUGCUUUUUUAUUUAAGCAGUUGCUUGAGUUAUUACCUGAGCUAUGGACUCUGUCCACAGUUUCAGAUUACUAUUGA